UAGGGAAGUGAGGUCACGCAGUAUGGUGGCUGGAGGCCGGAGGGGCUGAAGCGCUGGUCGUGUCGGGAAUCCGUAUCCAUCUUGCUCGGCAGCUGCGGCGACGGGCUCGACUGUCUCGCUAGUAUCGAGCGGCGAGACCAAAGCCACGAUGGCAUCCGAAACUGCAGGACUGUGAGGCAUCAGAACGAGAGCCAGCAGGCCGGGCAGAGCAACAGAACCGGGUCGCGGACGAGCCGAGCUGCCGCCAUGGAGCUGAGGGUUGGGAACCGGUACCGGCUGGGCCGGAAGAUCGGGAGCGGCUCCUUCGGGGAUAUCUACCUGGUUUGUAAGUUGCUUGGCUGUGAGAGUGUGUAUUUUCUUGACUGUUUCUAUUUAAGAAUGUCAGUUUCUCCCCACAAACUUGGAAAGUGAACAGGAACUGAUAUUGCUGCUGGAGAGGAGGUUGCAAUAAAGUUGGAAUGUGUGAAAACCAAACAUCCUCAGCUCCACAUCGAGAGUAAAAUCUACAAAAUGAUGCAGGGUGGAGUGGGUAUUCCCACAAUUAAGUGGUGUGGAGCUGAAGGGGACUACAACGUUAUGGUGAUGGAGUUGUUGGGACCGAGUCUUGAAGAUCUCUUCAAUUUUUGUUCAAGGAAAUUUAGUCUCAAGACUGUCCUAUUACUUGCUGACCAAAUGAUUAGUCGAAUUGAAUAUAUUCACUCUAAGAACUUCAUCCACCGAGAUGUGAAGCCAGAUAACUUCUUAAUGGGCCUGGGGAAGAAAGGCAAUCUUGUCUACAUAAUAGACUUUGGACUAGCAAAGAAGUAUCGAGAUGCUCGAACUCACCAACAUAUUCCGUAUCGUGAAAAUAAAAACUUAACGGGAACUGCCCGUUAUGCAUCCAUCAACACUCAUCUUGGAAUUGAGCAAUCUCGCAGAGAUGACUUGGAGUCCUUGGGCUAUGUACUGAUGUAUUUUAACCUGGGCUCCCUCCCCUGGCAGGGACUGAAAGCAGCAACAAAGAGGCAGAAAUACGAACGUAUCAGUGAAAAGAAAAUGUCUACACCUAUUGAGGUUUUGUGUAAAGGAUAUCCUUCUGAAUUUGCCACAUACUUGAACUUCUGCCGUUCUUUGCGUUUUGAUGACAAGCCGGACUAUUCCUAUCUAAGGCAAUUAUUCAGAAACCUUUUUCAUCGGCAAGGAUUCUCCUAUGACUAUGUAUUUGACUGGAACAUGCUGAAAUUUGGUGCAAGCAGAGCAGCUGAAGAUGCUGAACGUGAAAGGCGAGAACGAGAGGAAAGAUUAAGACAUACACGAAAUCCAGGUGUACGUGGAUUACCCUCCACUGCUUCUGGCAGGCUAAGAGGAACGCAAGAUGUAGCUCCUCCUACUCCCCUUACCCCAACUUCACAUGCUGCCAACACCUCUCCUCGGCCAGUAUCCGGUAUGGAACGAGAAAGGAAAGUGAGUAUGAGAUUGCAUCGUGGUGCCCCGGUCAAUAUCUCCUCAUCUGAUUUAACAGGCCGACAAGAUACCUCUCGCAUGUCAACUUCACAGAUUCCUGCUCGGGUUACUACCAGUGUUCUCCAGUCUGCUGUGCACCGGUGAAAAUUAUUUUGCCAUGGAGGGCAAAUAAUGCAUGGCUGAUCUCCCAUGUUGCCAAUGGCUUUACUAGCAAAUAUACCCUAAACUAGAGCGGAAAUUGGAGUUCUCCAUGUGACCUAAAAAGCUCUUGGAGGAACAUGCAGAGACUCCAGCAGCUGCCAUUACAGGACGCUUUUGCCAGAAACCCAAUGACCUUAAGAGAACCCUGUGGUAACAGGGCUGGAAAAGAAAGAUGGUUUACAGAGUUCACCGCCUGUUACUGGAUGGCCAUUUCAGCUUUCCCUCCACAGGCGGCAGACUUUACUCCCUUUUUAUUAUUCUACUGUAACUAUAAAACUUUUACUUGGUUUAAGAAAGUUUUUUGUAUAAUUUUGCUAAAAUUAUUGGCUUACUUCUAUGUAAAGAACUCUUGCUUUUGUCUGAUUUAAAAAUGUAGAGUAUAAACAAACCUGAACUAAAGAUAAUGACUUGAAAUUUCUUGUUUAAAAGAUUAGUCUGCCAGGGAACAUGUAAAUCAAUCAAAACCAUCUGCUGUUAUUUAAAUUGUUUACUUUCAUGUAUUGUCCCAUUCUGAGUCGGUUUUCUCAUGAAGUUUUUAAAACUGUUAGAAGUUUAUUUUACUAUUUGCUGUCUUCAUUCACACUGGACAUUUAACUUUGUGUGUAGCACAAAUGAAUUUUUUGAUACUCAUUGUGUUUCAUAGAAGAGGAUAACUAAAUACCCUGCAGGAGAGUCUUAAGUAUAGUAGAGAUUGUAAUGAUGAAUUUCUUUUUUGUAAAGAACAUUAAGAACCAAGUGAAAGACUGACAUUUGAGGGAUUUAGAAUUAGAAAGCUUGUUCUGUCUCUCUGCUUAGUUUGGGUGAAUGGAUACUUUCAAACAUUGUUUUUACUCAGAAAAUUUUGUUUCCUCUUCACUGAGGCUGGUUAGCUUGGAGACUAUUACAAGUGCAAAAUAGACAUUGCUGCUGAAUCUUCAGUGAAUUUUCAUGUUUCAUUCAGUAUCCACAUGUUUAUAAAUAAAUACAUUGAUUUAGGCCUUCUGUUACAUGCCAAGACUCAAAAAAGGAAUUCCUAUACCAAAAAAAAAAACCCUAAAUAACACCCCCACAAACAUAGUAACCUAUUCUUGCCAUAAAAUCCUGAGAAUUUUUACAAUUUAGAUGCAUAUCAUAUUUAAUUCUUAAGUAUAUCUAACCUGAGAAUUCCCAGAGUAAUUAUCUAGGCUUGAAUGACUCAUCAUGCUCAGGUUGUUGCAGGUGUUGUUGGCUCCUGUUGGUUAUGAAAUAUGGGAAAUUCUUCAUACUGUCUGUUACUGUAAAUGGUCUCAUAAAAGUACAUGUUCUGUCCUUACGGUACUUGGAACAGUACCAGAACUCUUAUGACUGAAAUUAUGGGAAGUUCUGUGCUGGAAAGUAUAUACAGAGAUUUUGUUUGAACAGUUAGGUAUUUUGAGAAAUUGAGACAAUUUUUAAAGAUAUAUUAGUCUUCAGAUUUUUAUGGAGAGUAGUUUUUAUUUUUUGGGUGUUUACAAAUUAUUUUUUGCCCCUCUCAAAAGGCCACAUACCAAGUAUUAUUCUUCUUUGGAUGCUUUCGUAACAUUAGCUAUUUGCUUGGGUGUACUCUGGGUCAGACUGGGGAAAUGUGAGUUUGGGGAGGGUAUAGUGGAAAAGCUCGAGAAUUUGAUCGAUUGGUAAGUUUGCAUAAGAGAAUUAUUUCCUCAGUUACUAUAAACUUUGGUAUUUUAGGCAUGUGCACUACCAUUUGAGCAGUUUUACACUUCAUUGUGCUUUCCUUGUAAAUACCUGUGGUUAAUAGUGUAAUGUUUGAAGGACUUAAAAAAACAGCCUUUUUAUUUCCUAUGUAUCUGGACCAUUAGAUUGCUGUACUAUACUUAAAAGUUGACUGCAGACUUCUAGAAUUGUACUCACUUGUGGGCAGUUUUUGUCCUCAUAAUAGUUAAAUUCCAUCAUGCACAAAAUAGUUAGACUGUCUAUAUAAACCUGUGUAUAAACCAGUAUCUCAAAGCACUUCAUUUGUACUACCACUGUAUUUGUGUACUUUAACAGUUGUGUAAAUACAUUCAUAAUAACUUC